CGCUUGAGAAUGUCAACCCGCAUUCUCUUGGAGCGCUCGGGAAUAGCAUAUUUUGUUCUCAGCAGGCAAGCUCGCUGGUAUUUAGUAGCAGCAACUAGAGAAGUUAAACAAAAUACGUCAGUCGUGCACAGACUGGCCUGGAAGUAAAGCGUGACAGACCAAUACGGCCCGUGUCGUCCGUCGUCGAGUCGGGUGUUUACCGUCCAUGGUGUGUUAGUUGGGAUUACGCUCGCUCGGUUGUUUGGUGCCUGUCAAUUCGCCACAACUGACAACAUCCAUCCAGUAGGGUCGUGCGGGACCCUGGACGGAACGGGGUGCUUGUUUAGGUUCGAUCAAGUUUAAGGGAAGAUCCCUGACCACAAGUUAGUUGUGUCUGUGUAGAAUACGAAACCUUGUGGCAGCAGCAGCGGCAGCAAUAAAAAAUAUAAAUAAAAGUGGUGCGAUUCGUUGCGAAGAGAGGAAGAGAGAUACAUACGGAGAAGCAUAUUAGUUCAAAAUUUAGCGCAAAUAAUGAUAAUAAUCUGCGAGUGUUGAAAACGGGUUGGAUAUACCUAUCUAAAAAAAUAAACUCGGAGUGUGUGUCAUUUAACGCCAAGUGUAUAAUUUGGAAAGCCUCGAAAAUAGAUUCUCAAUGCGCGGCCUGACUCGUAUGCUUCGGUAGUACCCAGGAUAAAUAAUAAGAACCGUGUGUUUGUGAUUUAUAUUGACAGCGAGUGGAGAGGCCGAGUGCCAGAUACUUACAACGGGGACGAAACAACAGCGUGGGAAAAAUCGACUUCAAAUCUUCCAGGACAGUUGGUAGAAAUUUUGGACUACCGGAGAGAGCUUUGGCUGGCGCGGAAGGAUGAGUCAGGAUAACAACUGGGAUGUAAAACCUCUUAUCCCUUUGCUUCUCAGAUUCUACAUAGUAACAUGGAACGUGAGCACAAAAUUUCCGGACAACCUUUCUCUCCACAAAUUGCUUGGCCUGCAGUCAAGCCCCGCACAGGAAACAGACCUUCCAGAUUUCUUCGUCAUUGGUCUCCAAGAAGUUAACGCCCAGCCGCAGAACACGCUGUACAACCUCUUCAAGGAUGACCUGUGGACGCAGAAGUUCAAGGAUCUGCUCAAAGAGCGGGACUACGUCGUCAUCAAGACCGAACAGAUGCAGGGUCUCCUGCUGUCAGUAUUCGCCCGGCGGAAACACUUGCUCCAUCUGCGGCAGGUGGAAACCGAGUACACCCGCACCGGGCUCGGGGGAAUCUGGGGCAACAAAGGUGCUGUUAGUAUAAGGUUAAAUGUUUACGGCUGUUCUAUUUGCCUGGUCAAUGCUCACUUGGCGGCCCAUGACCACAUGCUGGAGGAACGGAUCAACGACUAUGAAAAAAUAGUCCAAGAACACAAGUUCCACGUCAAAACGAAAGAAGCAAUUUUCGAUCAUGACUACGUGUUCUGGUUCGGUGAUCUCAACUUCCGACUCACGGGUGAAGCGACGACAUCCGCCGAAGAGAUACGUGCCAUGGUGGCGCGGGACGAACUGAAGAAGCUCAUCGAGCGGGAUCAACUAUCGCUGGUGCAACGAGAAGGUCGAGCUUUCCAGAAACUGAAGGAACGGCUCCCGCAAUUCCCUCCGACGUUCAAGUUUGAACACGGAACCAAUGAUUACGAUAUGAAACGGCGCCCGGCUUGGACAGAUCGGAUACUGUACGCAAUCAAGGAAAACAACUACCGGAACGUGAAACUCACGGUCGAACAGACGUCCUACAAAAGCCAUCCCAGCUACAACAUAAGCGACCACAAACCCGUCACGAGUGAGUUCACCAUCAAGUGCCGUUUCAAGGUGCAGGACGACUUCUGUCGAACCUACUUCCGGAAGGACCGCCCCAAACGCAGACCUCCACUUCUGCGAUCUAACUCCCGUACGGUUGGGGGCAAUCGGGUAAUCCGCAAACCGCAGUACAGUGGUGAGCGGUUCAAGACCAGGCAUUACAAGCGAUUCAGCUACCGCAUGGCAAUCGCCAACGGUUCCGAAUCCCUUUCGAGGCUGAACUCUUUUGAUGAGCUGGUUUCCGAUUUGGUUGACAAUGAACAGGUUUACGAGGACACGACCGAGCGGACGAUCAUGUUCAAACCGAUAGAGCUGUGGUUGGUGGGUGAACAGAACACAAUCGAAUAUGUCAUCCCAGCCGGAUUCGAAGAGAGUAAUGCUGACUGGAUCGGAAUCUAUCGGGAGGACUUCACCAGUUUGAAUGAGUACCUGGCGUACGAGUACACGGAGACCUACAAGGAAAAGCAACACCAGAUGAACGAACAACAGCAGCAGCACCAGAAGAACACCCGAACCGUGCAGAUGACUUUCUCGGAGAACGUAAACCUCCCGCUGGGCGUCCGCUAUCAGUUGCUGUACUUCCAAAGUACCGGAACCCGUGGAGUGACGGGCCUGGUAGGCAUAAGCAAUACCUUCGCGGUCGAGAAGCGCUGUCCUUCGCCCAGCUUCGACGACAUCGAUUGAUCCAGAAGGCGCCAUCGUAGGGCCAGCUUACCCACGACCGCCACCGUAGCAAGUUUUCAGCAAAAUCCUAGGUACAGACCAUUGUAACAGAACCAAUUAGCUGCUUCUCGCCUGGCGCACCCAAGUGUGAUAAUCGAUUAGUCACUAAAUUUAGUUGCUGUGAAAAAAAAAUCUUAGAAUCAAAGCGGGUCUUUCACCUUUGCAAUCCCCGAUGAACAAGUGAGGCCUUAGAGCGUAGUCCUUGUGCAAAUCAAUCCUCCGGGAAUGCUAGCAUCGUGGAACACGUACUUCGUUACCACAAAAAGAAAAGCCAUAUGAAAUUUAGGUGUGGUUCGUGCAGAUGCUAAAUUUUACCAUAAUUAUGGCAAAAGCUGUUACCCAUUGCACUGCUGCUUACAACUAUAUUGUACUACAUACUUCAAGCUUUGAAAUCUUUAAAUAUUCAAAACCAAAAUAUAUGCAAAGUACACAAGAAAUCUGCGAGAAAGUUGAAUGCCAAAUUUGAUUUAUUAGUCACAUUGACACUUCUUUGUUGGUUGUUGUAUUGUUAUUGCUAGGUAAAUAGAUUUAUUUUCUAGACGACUUGUAGGGAAGAAUCGAUAAAUUUCCGUUUUCAGUUGCAGUGAAAACUCACAUUUUAAAUGUUUACAAACUAUAGUUUCACACUUUGCUAGAUCAAGACCGUUAAGUUAAGUAUGUAAACCACCCAUUUAGAACUUGAAAACCGAAGUAUUGCAAAACUUAAGAAAUUAAAACAGAUUGAUGAUAGCUUUCACCACUUUCCAGACAUAACCAAAUCCAUUUCAACGAAAUACAGUGCAUUAGUCAAAAUGUUAAGUCCA